AUGCAUAUAACGUCGAGCUUCUUCCCGGCGUCUGGCGACAUGCUGGACGCCUCCGUGAAUCUUUACGGGGAUUCGGGAGAUCAGUGCGGGUUUUUCACUUUGGACGAGGCGGUUCCAGAAUCUUCGCAUACCGUUGAAAUUGAAUACGUCUAUGAACAACCUGAUACCGCCAAUAACGAGGAGUCGCGGAGAUCGAAAGAGACUUCGGUACAACCGAAGAAAACCCAAGCGAAACAAAAGCAGAUCAAAAUAGUCGAAGAAGAACCAGAGACGGAUCUGACAAAUCUAACAUGGUUGCAAAACAUUACCAACAUCAUGGCAAUGCCCCAAUUUCCUAUACCGCCAAUGUCACCGAAUCCUCAGGUGAAAGUUCAGCCCCAGAAUACCAGGCUGCAGAAGUUCAACCAAACUAUAGCCAAGUGCCAGAAAGACUUCAUGGAGAACAAAGAGGAAUAUCAAAGGAAUAGCGAUAAGAAGCCUCCGUAUUCUUACAGCACUUUGAUCUGUAUGGCCAUGCGGUAUAAUAAUGAUAAAAUGACACUAUCCGCGAUCUAUUCUUGGAUUCGUGACAGCUUCAAGUACUAUCGGAACGCGGAUCCCACUUGGCAGGUCGGUAUUAUCUUUUAUUCGAAUUCUAUUAGACACAAUCUGUCGCUGAACAAAGUUUUCGUAAAGGUUGCUCGUUCUAAACACGAGCCGGGUAAAGGUGGAUUCUGGAAACUGGAUCUGGCUCAUUUGGAAGGAACCAAACGUAUAUCAAACCGUCCCCAUAAAAAGAAGAAAAACGAGCCUAAAAUAGAAGCGAAAAUAGAUAGGAAAGUAUCCGAAGAAAAGACGGCUGUUGCGAAUAUACCACAAAUGGAGUGCAUCAAUAUGGAUGUAGGCCAAGCGGUGACACUUCAUUUGCCUGAAUUCAAUCUCCCUUUACCCGAUAUUGAAAUGACAAAUGUAGGGGCAAAUGUUAUUGUGGAGCCUGUAGCGCCGCCUUUGAUGCCAGAAGACGACUUGUCUUCUUUGCUCUUAAGUCCCACUGAUUGGGAAGACCUUCAAUUGGACAUGUUAGAUAAUUAUCUGGAUUCUUGUUUCAAGUAA